AUGCUCACCGUGCUUGUCGUGUACAGGUAUCGGGAGGCCAUGGACGCCGGCGACACAGACAACAUUCUGCUGAAGCUCACGCCCGCAGAGAUGUACGACAUCUGCAAGAAGGCGUCGGAGAAGAUCUGCAGUGGAGACCGCAAGCGCUUCAUCGACGAAACCAUGCCGGAGCUUGGAGACGGCAUCAAGUACUACAACAACCGUCGCGUUGAGAAGGAGAUGGUUGCAGAGGUGGACCGGCUGCUUGCCGAGGCAAAGCCGUCGCCAUCGCCAGAGGCCCAGACCGCCCUCGAUCGCUUUGAUGUCGACGUCUUCUUCUCCAGAGGUCGGCGCGUGCGAAUGGAGGACCGCCACGUCAUCAUGGAAGACUUCAACAACAUGAUGGACCAGCCUGCGGGCACGGAGCCCCAGGCGUUCUUUGCCGUGUACGAUGGGCACGGCGGGUACGAGACGGCCAAGUACGUGCAGGCCCACCUGCACCACAACAUUGCCGCGCACCCCGACUUCCACACGGACAUCAAGAAGGCCCUGCACGAGGCGUUUCUCUCCACCGACAAGAGCUUCGAGGCAAAGGCAGACCGUGAGGCACUUCGCUCGGGCUCAACGGCGGUUGUUGCGUUUGUGCGCGGGCGCAAGCUGUACCUCGCAUGGGCCGGCGACUCACAGGCGAUGCUGAUCAAGAACGGCGAGCCGCAUCACCUGACAGAACCACACAAGCCAGAGCGCGAAGACGAGAAGAAGCGCAUUGCCGACGCCGGCGGAAUUGUCAUCAACCGCAUGGGCACCUGGCGCGUCAACGCCAUGCUCGCCGUCUCAAGGUCCUUUGGCGACAUGAAUUUGAAGAGCGUGGUGCCAGCCCUGCCGGACAUUGUGGAGCAGGACCUUGAUGCCAGCUGCGAGUACCUCAUCCUUGCCUGCGACGGCCUCUGGGACUUUAUGGAGAAGGAGAAGGUUGUGUCGUUCAUCAAGGAGUGGGAGGAGGCACACAAGGACGACGGGAAGAAGGGCAUCUACGGCCUGUCGAAGAGCCUUGUGGAGCACUGCAUCGACACGCACGAGGGCACCGACAACGUCAGCAUCAUCGUUGUCAAGUUGAAGAACCUGGACAAGGACAUCUGGACGUCCGCCUCUGCUUAACCGACCCCAAUUCCCCUGCAUCCCUCCCCUUUCAGCCUCCACCCGUCUCCCCUUCUCUCCGUCCUCUUGCCCCCUUCCCUGUCUUUGCCUCCUGCACUUGCGCCCGUUCAUGUUCCUCUUUGCAUCGCUUUUCCCAGUCGCACUGCGGUGUUGCGCAACACAAUACGAUGUUUUGAAUGGUUGCAUGGCCAAGCUGCGGCUGCUGUGAUGCAUUCUUUCUCUUCGUUUUGUGUUGUUUGUGACACGUGAUGGCGUGACUGUGAUGUUGUAACGAGGCUUUGAGAUCGUGCUUGUGUUGGUCGUGCGUGUCUGGGUUGCUACGACCACUUAGUGCCCGUGUGUCUGUGAGUUUGAGAUACGGCUGCCCCUCUCCCACUUGUUCCUUCAUGUUCCUGUCUUCCUUCCUUCCUGGUUUUCUUUCUUUUGUUUGUUUUUAAGCGCACAGUUCUGUUCGUAUUGUCGGUCCUCCUCCUCCGUCUUCUUCUCGUGCUGCUUGCUCGGCAAGCUUGUAUCUCGUAGGCGCUGCUGCGGUGUACAAUGCGACCGUGUUGUGCUGUCUCACGUCAUCAUGGACACCCACACGUUGCAGUCAUCCAUGUGUCUUCCCGUUCCCUCGUUUGCCUCUCUUGUUGCUGUGUGUUCGUGUGCGUGCUUGUCUCUGUGUGUCUUGCCGCUCUCUUUUUCUUUCCUUUGCUUCUCAGUGCUUGUUGUCCAACCAACCAACCAACCAACCAACCAAAGACACUCAUAUGCUGUG